GCUAUUACAUACACCUUAAACUCGGCUCCAUGGAAAGCAUAGAAGCCAAAGAAGCCGAGCAACUCGGCCACGACCUCGCGUCACUCAGCUUAGACUCCGCACACCCACAUCCGGACAACGAUGCCACACCGAACGAUGAAGAGUAUAACUACGAAUGGGUGCUCAGAACCAGUCUCUUCAACAACGUUGUUGUGGUGGACAAUCUUCCAGUGGUCGGAGCUGGCGAAGUGGAAAAGCUUGAAUCUUGGGUUCAGAUGAACUGUGGCAAGCACGGUGUGAUUAAGAAAGAUGGGGUCUCGAUGGCCCUCAAUCGGCAAACCCAGCAGAACUUAGGUUAUUGCUUCAUCGACUAUAACACCCGCAAGGAAGCUGAGAAUGCUCAGAAGAACAUAAAUGGUCAGAAGAUGGACAAGGGGCAGACAUUGUCAGCCUAUUUAUACAACGAAUUCGACAGGAUUAUGGACACUCCAGAUGGGAGGACUCCUCCGGAGACUGCACCCUACUUUGACAGGGAAAAUUCGCAACAAUGGGAUGAAAAAGCUCGGGAUCAGAAAAUGUUGAGAGAUGGAGAAGCAAAUGAAGAGGGAGAGGAAGAGGAAGAUGAUUUUAACUCAGCUGACAUUAAGGAAGUACCGACUGUUAAAGAGGAAUUGCUCAAUUAGGGGCGAAUAUGGACUGAUGGUUUUGAGUCCUUUCAAAGUUAAGUACCUAAACUAAUGCACUAUGUAAUGUUCCAAGUUUUGUGGAAAAUUUUUUCUAACCGUUUACCUCAUAGCUUUGUUUUGGUGUGCCAUUUGUAACUUAUUAUUAUUAUUAUUUUUCCAGUUUACAUUAGCGAAAACUGUAAUUAAAAAAUGAGCACAUAUUCAUAGUCAAGUCACCAUCUCUUUUCUUUAAGUUGCUAGAGAAAGCGACUGCCAUGGUGAUUUGAGAUGGAAUUUAUGAGAGAACCUGAAAGAUUAAUGAUAUAGUCAUCGGUUUUUUUUUUUUUU